UUCGUAUUCCGGAAUGACAAUUGACAUGAUUAAUGAUAACUACCGGUACAUGUACAUGUCAUGCAUGUAAAGGACUGUUACUGUUAGUGGGUACAAAAACCGUAACAAUUUGAGAGGCAGAUAAUCAGGUAGAGGCUUCAGACGGACAUCUCUAGAAUUGGACAUGGCGACUGCCCCAAGUUCCGGCACCAGUUCAAGCGCAGGCACCUCAGGGUCCUCCACCCCUACCCCUAAAGACGUCCUCACCAAUGGCGAUGUCAAGACGGCAGGCGAUUCCUUGGAAGAUCUCUUAAAUCAGAUUGAGGACUACGCCCCAACAAUCCCAGAUGCUGUGACAAGUUUCUACCUGAACAGGGCCGGCUUUGAAGCCUCUGACCCUAGAGUGACCCGUGUCAUAUCUCUGGCAGCCCAGAAGUUCAUCUCGGACAUUGCCAACGAUGCCCUCCAGCACUGCAAGAUGAGAGGAUCGGGCCAGAGCUCCAAGAAGGUCGGCAAGGACAAGAGAUACACCUUGACCAUGGAGGACCUUACACCCGCCCUCACUGAGCACGGAAUUAACGUCAAGAAGCCCUACUACUUCACGUAGCGUCAGACAGUUCAGACACUCCAUGGUUUGUUUUAUUUAUUUAUUUAGUUUUUAAAAGUUGAACACAGAAAUUGUCUGGAGUGGGGUUUGAAUUUGCAAUCCCCGGAUUGCCGUUCCGGUGCUCUACCAACUGAGCUAUCCAGCCCUAAAUUGGCAGUUCCCCAAUUUGUCACUGUCUGUGUUCAGUAAAAAAAAAAAGAACUUUCAAAAUGUAAGCACUGUGUCACUCUUUUUUUUAAAUAAUGACGUAUAUUAUUCAUGCCGACUUCCUAUUUAUAUGUGUCAAGUUUGAAAGCAUUUGAAAUUAAAACAGAAUUUUAUGCAAAAAUACUAUUUUCGACCAAAAAUGGGCAAAAUAAUGAAAAAAGGUUGUCAUAAGGUUAAUGUGCAAUCUGGACCAAUGUGAACAACCAGAUUCAGAUUCAGCACUAUCGAAUUAGUAAAGUUGACCUUAUUGCAAGUUGACACCAGAAAGUUAAGACGAACCUCAACUUCUAGACCUGAUACAGAUUUUGGCCCAUUGCCGAUGGGUAAUGGUCGGUAAAUGACCAAUGUCUUACUGUAAAUUCACUCUAGGUAAAUCCGUAGUACUUGCUUGCCACUUGCUGCAUUUGAAAGGUUGAGACAUUUAUUUUUCACACGUUCAGGCUUCGGUAAGCUGUACAAGAUCUCACCAUGUGGUGAAUUCAAUGGAAUGUCUAGUAAUUGGUCAAUCUGAGGAAUAAGACUUAAUUCCUGUUUCUUCUUGAAAGAGGGGGAAGUCAGUAAAUUCCAUUUCCGCGAUUUUAUUAAUUAUUCAUUCAGAAGAAGACAGACAGAGGGUCACAAAUAGGAAAACAACACAUUUUUUAUUGGUAGUUAAAAUAUUUACCGUUUACUGUAUUUUUUCCCUAACUAGUAUUACUUGUAAAGCUAAAUUUGUGUGUCGUGUAUCUCCUGUUCGUUUAAAAACAAUUUUGUUUGUGUUGAUUUGAUAUUCAUGUAGCUUGGGAUUCUCAGUGAAAAUAAAACCACAAUAAGAAGGAAGGCACAAAUA